AUGAAGGACAAACAGAAGAGGAAGAAGGAGCGCACGUGGGCCGAGGCCGCGCGCCUGGUACUAGAGAACUAUUCGGAUGCUCCGAUGACACCAAAACAGAUUCUGCAGGUUAUAGAAGCAGAAGGACUAAAGGAAAUGAGUGGGACAUCCCCUCUCGCAUGUCUCAAUGCCAUGCUACAUUCCAAUUCAAGAGGUGGAGAGGGACUAUUUUAUAAACUGCCUGGCCGAAUCAGCCUUUUCACACUCAAGAAAGAUGCCCUGCAGUGGUCUCGCAAUCCGGCUGCAGUGGAGGGAGAGGAGCCCGAGGACACAGCCGAUGUAGAGAGCUGUGGGUCUAAUGAAACCAGCACUGUGAGUGGAGAAAAUGAUGUAUCACUUGAUGAAACGUCUUCUAAUGCUUCCUGUUCUACAGAAUCUCAGAGUCGGCCUCUUUCCAAUCCCAGGGACAGCUACAGAGCUUCCUCACAGGCAAACAAGCAAAAGAAAAAGACUGGGGUGAUGCUGCCUCGAGUUGUCCUGACUCCUCUGAAGGUAAACGGGGCCCACGUGGAAUCUGCGUCAGGGUUCUCGGGCCGCCACGCUGAUGGCGAGAGUGGCAGCCCCUCCAGCAGCAGCAGCGGCUCUCUGGCCUUGGGCAGCGCUGCUAUCCGUGGCCAGGCCGAGGUCACCCGGGACCCUGCCCCGCUCCUGAGAGGCUUCCGGAAGCCGGCCACAGGUCAAAUGAAGCGUAACAGAGGGGAAGAGGUAGAUUUUGAGACACCUGGGUCCAUUCUUGUCAAUACCAACCUUCGGGCACUGAUAAAUUCUCGGACCUUCCACGCCCUGCCAUCCAACUUCCAGCAGCAGCUCCUCUUCCUCCUGCCUGAAGUGGACAGACAGGUGGGGACGGAUGGCCUGUUGCGUCUUAGCAGCAGUGCGUUGAAUAAUGAGUUUUUCACCCAUGCGGCUCAGAGCUGGCGGGAACGCCUGGCUGAUGGUGAAUUCACUCAUGAGAUGCAAGUCAGGAUACGACAGGAAAUGGAGAAGGAAAAGAAGGUGGAACAAUGGAAAGAAAAGUUCUUUGAGGACUACUAUGGACAGAAGUUGGGUUUGGCCAGAGAAGAGUUGUUGCAGCAGAACGUGGGCCCCAAGGAGGCUGAAAUCAAGAGCGACCGGCGCGUCCCAGGAGGAUCUGCACGGCCACAGCGUGGUCCAGCCACCCGGCAGCGAGAUGGGCAUUUCAAGAAACGCUCUCGGCCAGAUCUCCGAACCAGGGCCAGAAGGAAUCUGUACAAAAAACAGGAGCUAGAACAAGGAGGGAUCAUUAAAGACACACAGUCUGUGACACCCGACAUCCCCCUCUACAAGGAUGGGGAGGCUAAGACUGACUCAGCAGGGACAGGCAGUCCCCACCUGCCUGGUACAUCCUCUGCAGUGCCUGACUCUGAGAGCCCCAGAUUCACAGUGGAAGCCAGGGCUUCUCAAAUCCAGACCGAUCCUGACAACUUGCCACGGGCCUCUGCCUCUCCAGACAGAAUUCCCAGCUUGCAUCAGGAGACUGUUGACCAGGAACCUAAAGAUCAGAAGAGGAAAUCCUUUGAGGAGGCAGCCUCUGCAUCCUUUCCCGAAAAGAAGCCCCGGCUUGAAGAUCGUCAGUCCUUUCGUAACACAAUUGAAAGUGUUCACUCCGAAAAGCCACAGCCCACCAAAGAGGAGCCCAAAGUCCCGCCCAUCCGGAUACAACUUUCACGUAUCAAACCACCCUGGGUGGUUAAAGGUCAGCCCACUUACCAGAUAUGCCCCCGAAUUGUCCCCAUCACGGAGUCCUCCUGCCGGGGCUGGACUGGUGCCAGGACCCUCGCAGACAUUAAAGCCCGUGCUUUGCAGAUCCGAGGGGCGAGAGGUCACCACUGCCAUCGAGAGGCGGCCACCACUGCCAUCGGAGGGGGGGGUGGCCCGGGUGGAGGUGACGGCAGGACCACCGAUGAGGGAGGUGGCAGAGGCAGCAGCAGUGGUGAUGGUGGUGAGGCCUGUGGCCACCCUGAGCCCAGAGGAGCCCCGAGCGCCCCUGGAGAGUGUGCGUCAGAUCUACAGCGAACACAACUACUGCCGCCUUGUCCUCUAAAUGGGGAGCACACCCAGGUUGGAACUGCUACACCCAGAGCCAGGAGAGAGCACCUGGCUUCUCUCAGAGAGGAGGAGAGCUGCUCAUUACAGAGGGCACCAGAUGCAAGCAGGCGAGAAGAUGUCUCCCAACUCGCCAUCGCUCCCACUGGGGACCAGCCAUGCCAGGCUUUGCCCCCACUGUCCUCCAAAACCACAGCCCCUGAGCGAUCAGUUGAGCAGCCUACAUUGCAUCUAGAUGUUAGAACUGAAGGUGAGUCUAUCACUCCCUGGGAAAGGGAUAAUGAGGAGCAAAGACCCACUCUUCCCCCUGACAGUGGUCCUAUUCAGUCUCUGGUGGGGGGUGUUGUAUUAGAAGGAGGAACUGACCAGGCUCUGGACCGGGACGGUAAUCCAACCGUGCAGGAUCCUGUGAAUGUGACCCCCAGUUCUACCCCUGAUUCGUCACUGACUGGCUGCCUACAGGACAGAUCAUUAGGACUUGGUGACUCAUGCCCACCCAUGAAGGGAAGUGCUACUCAACAAGAAGACCUGAAAACCGAGGCUUUCUUCUCUCCUGUGGAAGAGCCCGAGCCAGGCUCCAGGGAGAACAUUGCAUCUGUCCAGCCCCAGGUUGGAGAAGAGUGGGAGAAGGCUAUUCCCCUUAUUCCUGCAUUGCCUGGGGGAUUGACAGCUGAAGAUGAUUUGGAUCUCCCUAGCUGUCCUUCACUUGGGACAGUGCCAUCUCACGGGUGCAGUGACAGCCUAGGUAACGACUGCAAACAGGUGGAAGUUAUAAAAGUGAAAAUCAAUGGAGACUCUGAAGCACUGAGUCCUCACAGCGAGUCCACUGACACAGCCUCUGACUUUGAAGGCCACCUUUCUGAGAAUAGCAGUGAGGCUGACCCCACUGAAGCCACAGUGAUGGAGAGGUCCUCGGUGGUGGACAAAGAGGAGAAACACGAUUGGAACCGCUCUGCCUCACUCGCCAAAGUGAAUGGUGACCAUAGUCUGGUUAAAAGGACAGACAGGAUGAUUGCUCCUCAGAGCUGGGUGUCUCGCGUAUGCGCAGUCCCCCAAAAGAUCCCAGAUUCCCUGUUGCUGGCCAGUACCGAGUACCAGCCGAGGCCUGUGUCCCUGGGCAGGCCUGGGUCCUCAGUGGAAGCCACUAACCCACUUGUGAUGCAGUUGCUGCAGGGCAACUUGCCCCUAGAGAAGGUUCUUCCUCCAGCCCUCUCUGGCAGCAAACUGGAACCCCCACGACUCCCACUUGCCAAAGAGCAGGGGAUGGGAUCUCUGCAAGAUCCAGGGGGGAACAGUUGUGUGGUUGGAAGAGCUUUGAAGGAACCUCUUCUACCCAAUAGCCGUGAAGCCAACACUGGUCUUGCCAGACUGGAGGCCACCCAGGCUCCUGGAAUGCCCCCAAAGAUUUCCAAGAUGGUCCCAAGUUCAGAUUCCCUCUAUCCAGUGACCAAUCCGACAGCUGCCUCUGGGAAAAUAGAAGUGGAUUCCAAAGAGCAGUUCUCUUCCUUCAGUUGUGAAGAACAGAAGAAAGGCCGAGAUCUGCCCCAGUGCAGUAAUUCAAAUGCUGCCCCAGGCAAAAGUCCAGGAAAUCUCACUACCUCGAGAGCCCCUUGUUUCUCAUCUCCAAAUGUGAUAUCCUUGGGUCCUGAUCAGACAGGCCGAGCCCGGGGUGAUCAGAACAGUGCUGGAGGUCAAGGGAAGAAGCUCUUUGGCUCUAGGAACCUGGCUGCAGCCCUUCAGUGCCCCAAGCCUGUGGAGCCAGUGCCGCUGCCCGCUGAUGCCCCUCCUGGAUUUCCCAGUAGGAAGUUGGGGCCAAAUAAAAACUCUGUGUCUGGUGGGGUACAGACCACCACGGAAGACUGGGCUCCAAAGCCACCACCUGCCUCUGUUGGCAGCAUCAAGAGUGAAAAGACUUUUGUGGGGGCUCCUCUCAAGGCAGACGCAGAGAACAGAAACGAAGCUGGGCCUGGGCCUCGGGAUCUGGUGGAUCACUUGCAAGCGAUGCCCUUUGUCCUUGACCUGCCCUUCUGGAAACUGCCCCGAGAGCCUGGGAAAGGGCUCAGUCAGCCUCUGGAGCCUUCUUCUAUCCCCUCCCAACUCAACAUUAAACAGGCAUUUUAUGGGAAGCUUUCUAAACUCCAGCUAAGUUCCACCAGCUUUAAUUAUUCCUCCAGCUCCCCAGCCUUUCCCAAAGGCCUUGCUGGAAGUGUGGUGCAGCUGAGCCACAAAGCAAACUUUGGUGCGAACCACAGUGCAUCACUUUCCUUGCAAAUGUUCACCGACAGCAGCACAGUGGAAAGCAUUUCGCUCCAAUGUGCGUGCAGCCUGAAAGCCAUGAUCAUGUGCCAGGGCUGUGGUGCGUUCUGUCAUGACGACUGUAUUGGACCCUCCAAGCUCUGUGUAUUGUGCCUUGUGGUAAGAUAA